AUGAACUGCUUGAAGAACUCGCGCUCCAUCCUCUCGCGACUCCUCCGCCACAGGUCCCACGUAGCCGCGGCGCCGACGCCGACGCCGGCGCCGGUGCCGGCUGCGCAGUCACCGGCCUCGCGGUACUACUACGCCUCCCGCGUCCUCCGCAACAAGCCAGCCGUCUCCCGACCGGCUCCGCCGCCGCAGUUGCCGAGACCUAGGCACUACUACACAUCCCCGCGGCGGCAGGAGGUCAUCCACUUCGACCGCCGCCGCGGCGGGUCCCGGUGGUACCACGACCAGCGGAAGCUCACGGCGGCGGUCCUCAUCACCGGCGGCGGGGCGGUUGCGUUCUACUUCGGCCAUUUGGAGACCGUGCCCUACACCAACCGCUCCCACCUCGUCGUCCUCUCGCCGAGGCUCGAGCGCCAGCUCGGCGAGACCCAGUUCGCUGAGCUCAAGAAGGAGUUCGGCCCCAAGAUCCUGCCCCCGCUCCACCCCGACAGCAUCCGCGUCCGCCUCAUCGCCUCGGAGAUCGUCCGCGCCGUCCACCGUGGCCUCUCCGGCCACCAGCGUCACGCCGCCGCCUACGGAGAGGACGCCUCGUAUGGGUAUGGCGGCAUCGCCGACGACCUCGCCAUCAAGAACCUCGACGCCGACGCUACUGCAGCGAUGCUUGGUGCUUCCCCGGACAAGAACGCGAGCGCGGCCGUGGCCGCUCAGCGAGACGACGAGGUUCUGGAUGACAGGUGGGUGACCGAGAGCCGGAGCCGUGGUAAGGCACGCGGGGCGCAGCCGCAGACGGGUCACCUGGACGGGCUUAAUUGGGAGGUGAUCGUUGUCAAAGAUGACAUCGUCAAUGCAUUUUGCCUGCCCGGUGGCAAGAUUGUAGUCUUCACUGGAUUGCUUAACAAAUUCAGGGCCGAUGGUGAGGUUGCCACUGUGCUUGGGCAUGAGGUUGGGCAUGCUAUUGCAAGGCAUGCCGCUGAGCAGAUCACUAAGAACCUCUGGGUGGCAAUCCUGCAGAUUGUCAUCCUGCAGUUUAUCUACAUGCCAGACUUGAUAAAUACGGUGUCAACACUCCUCCUCAGGCUACCCUUCUCACGAAGAAUGGAGAUAGAGGCUGACCACAUUGGGCUCCUGCUGCUCGCUGCUGCUGGCUACGAUCCACGUGUUGCCCCUUCGGUUUAUGAGAAACUAGGAAAGAUCGGAGGAGAUUCAGCAUUGAAUAACUAUCUCUCAACUCAUCCGUCCAGCAAGAAGAGAGCGCAGCUUCUGUCGCGAGCAAGUGUCAUGAACGAGGCCCUGGAACUGUACAGGGAGGUUAGUGCCGGCCAAGGCACUGAAGGUUUCCUCUAG